AUGAAGGGAAGAGUAUCUCCUAGUUCAGAUCAUUCCGUACUUUUUGUUAAAUCAUCUGAACAAGCUUCUGAUUCUACUGAAGCUGUUAGCACAAAUACUAGAGAAGGUUAUGUGAAAUCUGUUUUAAGCACAACGUCUUCCGAUAACAAUAAAAAAUCAUCAUCAAAAACAAUAACUCUUUGUACAAUGUGUGGCCGAUAUAAAGGUUGUCAAAUGAAUCGUAAACUAUUUAUUAUAUUAUGUGUUGCUAUCAUUUUACUUGCUUUACUUAUUGGAAUAAUAAUUGUGUUCUUUGCAAUCGUUCCAGCUAUAGUUCGUUCUACAAUUGAAAAAGCUGAAUUAACAUUUCGUUCAAUAAAUAUUGAAGAUAUUGCAAAUGAUCAUUUUCGUCUACGAGCUCAAUUAGAAUUAUCACGUACUGGAUCAAUUCCUGCUACAAUACGUCCACCACUUAUUAUCAAUGUAGACAAUGUUGGAACUGUGAGAAAUGAUCAACCAAUUAGUAUUGAUGGUUAUCCCGAUCGCCCUACAAUAGUUCCCGUUGAUUCUCCAUUUAUUAUUUCUGAUUUACAAGCUUUUCAUAGAUUUUCUCGUUCACUUAUUUUUGAACCACAAGUUAUAUGGCAUUUAACAGCAAAAGCAUCUAUACAACCUAUUUCGAGUGCUAUGCCUGUUUAUUCUAAUAUUCCUUUUAAUAAACAAGUAAAACUUAAUGCUUUGAAUGGUCUGCAAAACGUAAGCAUUAAAUCAAUAAGUCUUCUUCGAUCAAAUUCAAAACAAAUAUUUGUUGAUAUCAUAAUUGAAAUUCCAAAUCCAUCCAUAUUUAGUAUUGAUCUUGGUGAAUUAAAAUUUUCUCUACGUUAUAAUAAUUUAUCUAUUGGUUAUGUUGAAUCAAUUAAUAGUAAUACAACUCUACGUCCAGGUAGAAAUGCAAUACCAUUUUCUGGUGAACUACAAUCAGAAUCUUCUCAAUCUUAUAAUGCACUUUCAACAAUUAUACAAAAUUUUCUUACUGGACAAGCAAGUAAAGUUGAAGCAAUAGCUGGUUUAAAUGCAACUUCAUAUUCUUUACUCGCUGUUGGUAUGGAAGGUCUUUCAUUAGGUGUUGAUAUGCCUCCAUUUGCUGAACAACUUAUUCCUUCAUUAAUAUUUACGUCUAUGUCACUUAUCCCAUCGACAAAUGAAAAAAAAGUAACACUUUCAGCUUCAAUUAAGAUUAAAAUUAAUUCACCACUUGGUACUCAAUCACCUCUUAAUAUUAGCUCAAUGAAUAUGGAUGUUUAUCUUCUCUAUGAAAAUAAUUCUGUUGGUAUGCUUAAUAUUUCUCAAGCACCCGUAAAAUAUCUUGAUGAAACGACAUAUGAAACACAAUUUGAUAAUGAAUAUUUAAUACUUAGUAAUACAGGUAAAACUUAUGAAAAAUUUGCUCAACAUUUUAUUAAUGCUAAUGAUAUUAAUCCAAUUCAUUUUCGUAUUGCUGGUUUUGCUUCUAUUACUGGUUCAUUUGCUCUUGGUCCAUUGAAUAUUGAUGGAAUUAUUGUCGAUAAUGAUGUCUCGUUAGUUGGUCUUGCAGGUCUUAAUACGGUUCGUGUUCAUGGUAUUUCUGUUGAUGGAGAAGUCCAUAAUGCUCUUCAACUUUCUAUUAAUGCAACUAUUAGUAAUCCAGGUGUAACUGAUGUUAAACUACAAAAUUUUACACUUAGUAUGGCUGACAGUGAUAGCAAAACAGUUCUUGGUCAAGUACCAAUCAAUGUGCUAUCUUUAAAACCAGGAGAGAAUGAUAUGAUACUCAAUGGACUACUUGCACCAUUAAACACAAGUGAUUUGCCUGUUGUUGGUAAAUUUUUUUCUGCAUAUCUCAAUGGUCUAACACAAUCAGUAACACUUUUUCAUGAAUUAUCUACUGAUGAAGAUAUUGCUACUGCACUGGACUUAACAAUAAGUGGUCUAUCGAUGACAUCAAAACUUGAUGGUAUAGAAACAAAAUUAAUUCAGCGAGUAGAAGUUCUUAGUUUUGGUAUUGAAUUUGAUCCAAUAGUUGUCAAUAAAGUUUAUAUAACUGGUCAAUUAUCAGUUUUAUUUCAAUUACCAUCUAAUGUUCAUAUGACAUUUAAAGCAUUCACAACUAGUAUUGAUUAUGUAAUGCGUUCUAAUGAUGGACCAAAUUUAGGUAAAAUGACUCUUUAUGAUAUACCUGUUGAACAUAAUCAAAUUACUAAUGAACUUUUAAUGAAUUUUAAUAAACAAGAACUUGUUGUUCUUAAUGAAAUAGCUUUUCAAGAAUUUGCUACUAGUCUUGUUCUAACAAGCAAUGUAUCAGUAACAAUUGAAGGUUUAGCUGAAGCACUUGCUGAAAUUGUAAUAGGAAAUAUUUCUUUAAGUAAUAUUUCUGUUAGUGAUACACUUCAUCUAGCUGGUUAUGAUCAAUUUGAUAAUGGACUUUUAAGUAUUGAUGAAGUCGAUUUAACUAAAGCUUUAUCAUCUCAUGAGCUUGCUCUUAAUGUUAAAACAAAAAUAAAUAAUCCUUCUGUUGUUUAUAUUCUAAAUGGUGGUCGUCUUUCACUUGAUUUAUGUGAAUUAACAAGUAAUAUUUCACUUGGUUUAGUUAUUAUCGAUCCAUUUUAUCUUGAAACACAAGAUAAUAGUACUAUACUUAGUGCAGAAGGUACUUUUGAAAUAACUCAACAAAACUCUGCUAUAGCUCAACAAUUUGUUUCGCGUAUGGUUUCGGGUGAAGAUAAUCAAGUUGAAUUACGUGGUAUUUUACCAAAUAAUUCCAUAGGUACUUCGAUUCCUUUACUUUCAAUGGCUAUAUCUGGCUUACGUAUUCGUACACAAGUUCCUGGUCUCUAUGGGGAAAGAGCACUUGUUCGAGAAAUUCUUCUGGAAAAAAUAGGCAUAGCAGAUGUCGCUUCGAUACUGAUUACCAAAAAGAUUGGUUCACGCAUUCGACUUCGAAAUCCUUUUAGUGCACCUUUAACCAUAACAGGAAUGAAUAUAAGAGUUGAUUCUGGUCCUGUAGUCGAUUCAAAUAAAGAAAUUGGUAUAGUCACAUAUAGUUCAAGGAUUAGCAUAGGUGCUAAUGCAGAAAUUAUAACACCAGAAAUUGAACUAAAAACUACAGCAGGAUUAGGAACAUUAACUUCACUUUUGCUUGCUCUUAAAGCUGGUACUCUUCGUUUAUCCUUAUCAGGUUCUAUUGAUGUUAGUAUUGAUAAUCAACUUAAUCUUGUCAAACUUCCAAUCAGAUUAAUCAAUAUAUCUGCUAAAGAAGAGUAG